CCGCUCGGGUCGUGCCCCCGCAGACAUUUCCGCCCCUGCUAUAAGUGGCACGCCGGGCGGGGGCAAGCGGCGGCGCGCGGCGACCCCCGCAGCAGCUCCGAACCUUCUCCCCGUCCAGGAAACUCACCGGGAAGCCGGCCGAAUCCCCCCCAAAUCCCACACACGCAUCCCCGCCACCUCCUGCCGCAGCUACAAAUCCACCCGCCGUCGGCAUCCCCUCGCUCCCCAUGCACACCGGCAGCUCGCCGACCCUCCGAGUUCGGGCCGCUACUGCUAUAAAUACGAAGCUCCCGCGGCGGCGGUCCGGCCGGUCAUGGCGGCAGUCGGCGCGCGCCCAGUGCUGUACCACCACCCGGCGCCGGCGGGCGACGCCGCCUCCAUGUCCUCGUACUUCUCCCACGGAGGCAGCUCCACCUCCAGCUCCGCGUCCAGCUUCUCCGCCGCGCUCGCCGCCGCGGCCGCGCCGCCCCCGCCGCCGCUUGCCGACCAGUUCGACAUCUCCGAGUUCCUCUUCGACGACGGCGCGGGGGCGGCGGCCGCGCCAGGCUUGUUCGCUGCGGCGGCCGACCGCGGCGCGCCGCCCCCCGUCGCGCCCGCUGCUGGCAGCGCGAUCAGUGCGCCCGCACAUGCCGCCAGGAGCGCGGCGGAGGCGGUGCCGGAGCGGCCGCGGACAGAGCGGAUCGCGUUCCGGACGAGGUCGGAGGUCGAGAUCCUGGACGACGGGUACAAGUGGAGGAAGUACGGCAAGAAGUCCGUCAAGAACAGCCCCAACCCAAGGAACUACUACAGGUGCUCGACGGAAGGGUGCAACGUGAAGAAGCGGGUGGAGCGGGACAAGGACGACCCCAGCUACGUGGUGACCACGUACGAGGGCACGCACAACCACGUGAGCCCCAGCACGGUGUACUACGCCAGCCAGGACGCCGCCUCCGGCCGCUUCUUCGUCGCCGGCACGCAGCCGCCGCCGGGCUCCCUCAACUAGCCCCGGCCGGCGCGGCCGAUCGAUCCAACUAAACCGAGCGUACGUCCAAGAAAGCCGGCGGCCAGAUAGCUAGAAGUCGAUCGGUAUAGUAUACUAGUAUAGUAGGAUAGGUGAUCACGAUCUGGGUCGGUUUCUGGAGGUGGAUCGUUUGGGAUCUAGCGCUCGUCCUCUUUUCCCCCGUCCUUUUCGGCGGCCGCUGGCUGCUGGUGCGAUCGAAUGAAUGAAUAGUGUGCGGCUGCUGCUGCUGCUGCUGCUGGCUCAGGAGGUUUUCCCCCACAUCACUUGUUCCCACGAGCUGAUCAGCUAAAACAGUCUGGGAAAUGUUAGCAUUUAUAUACUGCUGCCUUGACCGUGCAAUAAGAUGUACAGAUGUUUUGUCCGUUGUGUCAUCGAUCCUGAUAACGAUCGCUAGCAAUUUCGUUCCUUUUUUA